AUUGUUGACUGUCACUAAACACAACACAGUCAGUUGGUUACAUGAGUCACCCCUCCCACCACAUACGAAAGGAGCGUUUUUGUUCAUUAUCAUGAGAGCUGCAAGCAUGAUUUUCGUUUUGAGUAGUGCUGUCGAGCUUGCGCGGGAGACCCGGGCUUUUUCUCCCGUCGCUUCUCGAGCUCGGGAAGUGGUACAUUCCGCUACUUUUCUAUCCGCCAAAAAGGGGUUCGGCAGCGCUCCCGAUCCUUCCAAAAAGAAAUCGGGCAGCACUACUGCUCAGCAGGACUCUACAUCGUAUCCCGCAAGCAGCAGCAGCAGUAUUAGUAAGGACGAUGAAAACCCCGCCAGAUCGGCAAUCGCUACCAGCACUCGGUCUCCCCAACAACGUCCCAACGCAGGCCAACGCGCACUCGAAGACAUGCGUCGCCAACAAGCCGAAAAAAAGGACGCUGAACUCCGAAAGGUGCGAGAGUUGCUAGACGCUGAUCAGCAGGUGCAAGAAGCCGCGGCUGCCAUUCCUGAGCGAGUGGCCCAGCGAAUGGGCGCACGCAUGCUGCCCUUUGUCGGCCUUCCUUUUUUCCUGGGCAUGGGAGUAUUUGUAGGAUUCUGGUACAUGGCUACGUACCGCAAUCUAGAGUACCAACCCGCACUAGUGGCAGCUAGUACGAUCGUUGUCCUUCUGUUGGGAUUGGUGGGCAUCACGUAUUCCAUUUUGAGUGCCUCCUGGGAUCCAGACCGCGAAGGGUCACUAUUAGGAACGGACGAAUUCUCGAAAAAUAUUGAAAACAUCAGAGACGGUCUCAAGCGAUCCAGAGAAAACGCCAUUCUGCGGGAUAAGAUGGCAGGUCUGACGUCCGAGGAGCUACAAAAGUCAAUCAAGGAUCUGGAGAGGCGGGAUGCCGCAUCUCAACGACGUGAGCAGAGUUUGGAUCGGAAGCUGAAAGACGAGUUAGAUUAGUGGCAAGCUCUAUUCUGCAUAAUGCCACAAGCGCAAUUAAUCCACAUGCAUAUCUACUA